AUGGGGUCGCUCCCGUCCCCGCCGAGUCCGGUGACACCACCACCGUCCCCGGACUAUUCCUCAUUCCAAAAUCGAGUCUACGCCGCAUUCCGGUUCAGAGAGCCACCGGAAGCGGGCAAGAACAUGUCCAUUAGGCUUGACUCCUAUGAUCCGUCCAAUAAUUCAUGGAACUAUGUCACUUCAAUUCCGGGCCUAAUUGAGAACCAUGGUCUGAGGGACUUUGCAAUGGUCUCACUCAAUUGCUCGAUUUACAUAAUUGGGGGUCGAUUGUUCCAUCAAUUUAGGGCUAAAACAUCGGGAGAAGAGCCCAGUUCGCCUACCGAAGUAGAUGUUAAAGUCCUAUCCUCAGUGUUGCGUUACAAUGUACGUUCCGAGCAAUGGUCCAAAUGUGCUCCACUAGCCAUUCCAAGGUACGAUUUUGCUUGCACCGUGUGUGACAACAAAAUCUACGUGGCAGGGGGGAAGUCCACUCUGGCAAGCGCUGCAGGAGUCUCGUUCGCUGAGGUGUACAACCCCGGCCUCGAUGAGUGGACCCCAUUGCCUAACAUGAGCACAUUGAGGUACAAAUGCGUCGGGGUGACGUGGGAGGAAAAAAUCCACGUGGUGGGCGGCUUCGCCGUGAUGGAGGGAUCUGAUAUGGUGCCGCUCAAUUUCACACCGGAGCGGAGCUCAGCUGAGGUGUACAACAAGCACGAGAGGAAGUGGGACCUCGUGGCGGGGAUGUGGCAGUUGGACAUUCCGCCUAAUCAAAUUGUGGCCAUUGAUGGGAGGCUAUUGAGCUCUGGGGAUUGCCUUAAGGUUUGGAAGGGACACGUGGAGGCCUACGAUUGGGAACAAAAUAUUUGGAAUGAAGUGGAAGGGUCUAGGCUACAAACCCUUAAUUGGCCUAUAUCCAACUCCAACUGUGAGAUCAAUAGGGCCUUGGUCCAACAACUUUACCUUACAAUUGCACCCAUUGGAAAGUUUCUCUAUUUUUUGGCCGGUUAUCGGAUGGAUGGUGAAUUACCAAGAACUAAGUCAAUUGUCCACAGAUUCGAUACAUCGGCAACAAACAAUGCUUGGACAAGUUUUGAGCCAAUGGAAGAGGAGGGUGAGAAAGUACUUUGUAGCCAUUGUUGUGUUGUUCAACUCUCCUGA